CAAUGAAGACAGUAAUUGAAGAAAAUGAAAACGAACAAAAUAUUAAUAAAAAUAAUUUAAUAACUAAUGGGCAAUCAAAAAAUUGGGUUUCUUUUAAUAAAGAAAAAGGCGAGGAUGGGGGUAGUAUUUUAUUAAGUCCAGUCAAAAUGGCUGCAAACUCUUCUUCAUCUGAUCGGCAACCUACUGGUUAG